UCAGAUAAUACAUCUCAAACACUGGACACCCAAACCCGAGGACAAAAUGGAGGUGGACAUUUUCGAAGAUAUUUUGCCACCUACUACAAUUAAACAACCAAAACCCAAACCAACUUUACAUCCAAAAUCCAAACCAAAACCCCCAACUAUCUACCUCUCCCUCAAACCCAUGCAUUGUGUGGUCCAUGGUAUGAGGCAGCAAUGUGUUGGACCAUUCCAUAAAAAUCUAAUAGGGGUGAACCAAUGUCAGACUCCACUCUGUGUCUGCUUUCCACAAGAAUUAGUUCUCAUUCCUCCAAAGCCAAUGGAGGAUCCGAAUUUUCCGCCAAAGAAUGAAAUGUUGCCAGUGGAACAGGAGAUGUUGCAUGAUGAAGAAUUUGUCGAUAUUUUAACGGCAGCGAAUCUAAAUCACUCCACACUUACUUUACUGAAUCCUAAAACGCAGUAUAAUGUAGGUGACGUCAUUACUGUGCGGAUUAAUAUGGUGGAUGGAUAUGGUAAGCAAAGGGUUGUCGGUGGUGAUGACGUCAGAGUCCGUAUGAAAGGAAUCAACAACGUUCAUCUGGCGAGUGGAAAUGUCAUGGAUUUAAACAACGGAAGUUAUACGGUGACUUUAAAAGCAUUGUGGUCUGGAAAGGUUACGAUAGAAGCCACCUUACCCUACACGAGAGAAGCGAUAGCUACCAUGUUUAAAUGGCGACGGCAAUACAGGACAUUGUUUUAUUAUUAUGGCCAUUUUGUAAAAGGAACUCUAAGUGAAUACACAAUGUGUUCUCCGUACCCUACUAUCCAGGGGUAUCCUAGUAUUUGUAACCUUACGUCAAUGAAUUACAACUAUCCCUGGUUCUGUGGUCAACCAAUCAAUCCACUGCUUUCAUGUGACGAUUUUAAACUAGCCAAUGAUUUUGAUUAUACUCAGAUACCCGUCACGCCAGCCCAGUUUAUUACCUUCGACAGGUGA